AAACUCUAAUUUGCCGACGACAUGAGGCGCGCGGCCGUCGCCUUCGCGGCCAUCUCGACCAUGACCAUGCAUGGCGCUGGCGCCGUCGAGGCCAUCACAUGCUCCAGCUGCGUCUCCAUGACGGAGGCUUUGGCCUUCUGCGGGAGCCUCCGGAGCUCCUACCAGGUGUGUGCCAUGCAAGGCAAGAGCCUCGAGCAGCAAGACGAUAUGGCAGCUGCCACCUUUGCCUUCUUCAACGCGACGCUGCGCGAGGUGACCGGCGCCGACGCAUUUACUUGUAGCGCGUCGCUCAAAGAGAUUGCCUGUGCCAAGGCGUUUCCAGCGUGCGAACUCGCCCAAGCGCGUCCGUUGUGCGCCACGGCGUGCCAAGCUAGCAUCAAGGCCAACUGCUCGAGCGUGGCGAGCGCGCUCACGCCCGCAGCCGAGACGACGUGCGGCAAGAUCAACCAGGACAAGUGCAUUACCUUUGCGUACGCGGGGCCCAACCGUGGCGCGUGGAUCGCGGGCUUUAUCAUCUCGGUCGUCUUCUCGUUCCUCGCGAGCGUCGGCAUCAACUUGCAAAAGAAGGCGCUCAAGCAAAACGAGCUCAAGGCGCAGGAAGCCAACACGGCACCGCUCUCGCCGUUCCGUCUGCCGCUCUGGACGCUCGGGUUCGUCUUGAUCCUCGCCGGGUCGCUCUUGGACUUUGUCGCAUUCGGCCUCGCGCCGCAGAGUCUCUUGGCGCCGCUCGCUGCAUUGACGCUCGUCUGGAACAUGCUCCUCGCGCCGUGCUUCAACAAGGAGCGGCUUUCGCGCAAGGACAUUUGGGCGACGCUCAUCAUCUUCCUUGGUGCGACGCUCGCCGUGGUCUUUGCCUCGCACAACUCGCCGUCGUAUACGCUCGACGACCUCAAGCUGCUGUACAACAACACGUAUACCAUUGUCUAUUUUGUGGUUGUGCUGCUGCUCAUCCUACUGCACUACGCCAUGAUCAAGUUUGUCGAGCACCUCAACCUCGCGUCGAGCCGCCACCGCAUGAUCAACGUCGGGCAACCCGUCAUGUGGUCGACCGUGCGCCUCGUCGCCUACUCGGGCAUGGGUGGGCUCAUGGGCGGCCAGUCGGUGCUAUUUGCCAAGUCGACGGCCGAGCUCGUCAAGUCGUUCAUCAACGGUGGCGACUGCUUUACGCACCCCGAGACGUACGCGAUCAUUGUCGCGCUCGGCUUUUGCCUCGUGCUGCAAAUGCACUUUCUCAACGGCGGACUCGUCAACUACGACGCGCUCUCGGUCGUCCCGAUCUACCAAGCGUACUGGAUCAUUAGCGGCGUCAUGGGCGGCGCCGUCUACUUUCAGGAAAUUCGGUCGUUUACCGAGUUCCAGGCGACCAUGUUCGUGCUGGGCAUUUCGACAACGAUCGGAGGCGUUGCACUGCUCGCGCAGCGGUCGCUCUCUGCGCCGCCACCGACGCUCAAGAAACGCCGCAGCCUCGCGACAUCCCAGCGCAACAUGAGCUCGUAUUGGCACAACCCCAAGCCCGCGCAGGGCCAUAUUGAAGCCACGAUCGCCGAAGAAGAAGGCGACGGCAGCAACAGUGACGAGGCGACGUCGGCCGCAACGACGACGGCACCGGGCGACGAGAUCAAGCCGCCGGGUGAGACGAAAGUGGACGACGACGACGACACGGACGACGAGACGGUGAACCGCCAAGCGAUCGACAACUUCCUCAACAUGUCGCCGAUGGGCACGCUCCUCAUGGGCUACAGCAGCCAGCGCAACCUCGGCAUGUUUUUGCGGCGAGAAUCAAGCAAUCCGACCGCGACGCGCGAUGACUUUGAGAUUGGCCUCCCGCCGACGACGAGCUUGGGCGACGACGGCGAGGCGAAGAAGCCCAAGCGACGAUCCAUCACGUUUGCCGGCUUCAAGUCGACCUCCAAAAGCACCCUCGAGUAGACAGACGCCUCUAGUUUCUUGUCAAUAACCACUAUGUAUUUCAACACUAGUGCCUCAAGCC